CACAGCCAAUCAUCAGUUGGGGUGUGUCUCUUGAACGUGUACGGUGUGUGUCCAUCCAGUUUUUAGUUCGCUGCGAAAAUGUCCAAGCUUGUACUGUACACCCUGCACCUUAGCCCACCGUGCCGUGCCGUGGAGCUGGCGGCCAAAGCGUUGGGCUUGGAGCUGGAGCAGAAGACCAUUAAUCUGCUGACGGGUGACCAUUUGAAGCCGGAAUUUGUGAAGCUAAACCCGCAACAUACGAUCCCGGUGCUGGAUGACAACGGUACGAUCAUCACCGAGAGCCACGCGAUCAUGAUCUAUCUGGUGACGAAGUAUGGCAAAGAUGAUAGCCUCUAUCCAAAAGACCCCGUCAAGCAGGCCCGUGUAAAUUCGGCCCUGCACUUCGAGUCCGGCGUACUGUUCGCCCGGAUGAGAUUCAUUUUCAUUUUCCAACCCCUUCCACAGGAACGUAUCCUAUUCUUCGGCAAAUCGGACAUCCCCGAGGAUCGCGUUGAGUACGUGCAGAAAUCGUACGAGCUGCUGGAGGACACACUGGUGGACGACUUUGUCGCCGGACCGAGCAUGACGAUUGCCGACUUUAGCUGCAUUUCCACGAUCUCGAGCAUUAUGGGUGUGGUGCCGUUGGAGCAGUCGAAGCAUCCCCGGAUCUACGCGUGGAUCGAUCGGCUGAAGCAGCUGCCCUACUACGAGGAAGCGAACGGUGGCGGAGGCACCGAUCUGGGCAAGUUUGUGCUAGCCAAAAAGGAGGAGAAUGCUAAGGCUUAAAAAGGUGCGAGAGACCAAACGAUUAUUAUGAGUUAAAUUUGGAAGCAUUUGGAAUAAAGAUAAAUAAAAAAAGUAAGAAGCAGUCAUUGUUAUCAGUA